AUGUCUUACGGAAAUAAAAUAAUACCAAGUGUUCCGAAAUUUACAGAGUUCAAAGAUUACACUUCUAGUCAAGUUUUGCAAAUGCAUACUCCCCAUUUAUUAUAGAAAUCGCAUAAAUAAGAUCUAGUCUUAUCAUCUGAUUAUUCAAUGGAAGUAGAACCCUCCAAAAAGUAUACAUUAUAAUCUGCUCAUUUGCAAUUAACAGGACAUCAGAGUGAGGUGUAUUGUGUGAAAUACUCUCCGAAUGGUGAAUAUCUGAUAACAGCUGGAUUUGAUAAGAAAAUUUUAAUUUGGGAUAUUUAUAAUAAUUGCACUAAUAUAGGGAUUUUGGGUAGUCAUAAAAAUGCAAUUCUUGAUAUUGCUUGGUAAUAUGAUGGGGUGAGAUUAUUCACAGCAUCAGCUGACAAGACUGUUUAAAUAUGGGAUAUGGAAACAUAUUUACCCUUAAAAAAGUUAAAAGGACAUUAAAGUUAUGUUAAUUGUUGUUUUCCCUCAAAAAGAGGAUAAGAUCUAUUAGCAACUGGAGGUGACGAAGGCUAUACUAAAGUGUGGGAUUUAAGAACAAGAAAGUUAGCAUUUGAAAUUCAAGGCAAGUAUCCUAUUACUAGUGUUUGUUUCACUGAAAAUGGAGAGAGACUAUACACAGGUUGUUUAGACAAUGUCAUUAGAUGUUAUGAUGUCAGAAAAUAGGAGAUUGAAUACACCUUAGAUAACCAUACGGAUACUGUUACAGGUUUAGCUAUUAGUAAUGACGGUUCCUAUUUAUUGAGUAAUUCAAUGGAUAUGACAGUUAGAACUUUUGAUAUCAGACCUUAUGUCUAAGGAAAAAAUAGAUAAGUAAGGGUAUUUACAGGAGCGACGGCAAAUACAGCAGAAAAGAAUCUAUUAAGAUGUGCAUGGAGUCACGAUGAUUCAUAUGUAUCUGCAGGAUCUGCUGAUAAGAGUGUGUAUAUUUGGGAUUUUAAUUCAAAGAAAGUAAUCCAUAAAUUAGGAGGCCAUUAAGGAACUGUUAAUGAAACAGCCUUUAGUCCAAAAGAUAAAUUGAUAGCCUCAGCUAGUAAUGAUAAAACAGUAAUUAUUGGAGAAAUCCCAGAAGUAACUUUGUGAUGAAUUAUUAAGAAAUGAUAUU